AUUUGCGGACCCAAAUCCAAUCCAGGACUGCUGGUUGUAUCUGAAGACGCGAAGAAUCGAGAUCAAGAUGGUGGUUCAGUUGACGGCGACGAAACCAAGCCGGAGCGACGAGGUCUUGGACGUUGAUCAACAGCAAAAAAUCACUGCCCAGGUCAGGGCGCAGUUCGAUUCCCCUGCCCUGAAACGACCCACCAAACCCAACAGAAGUGAACCCGACUCCACGUCCCAUUCUGCCAUAGCCCUGCCUUCAGGCGUAGACCAGACCAUACCUGAGCUCAACAAGCUGCCAUCUCUCCAAUCUCAAUUUCCUGUACGCAUUCUCUAACUCGGUUCCCUUAAAAUCGUUUUUAAAAUUUGAAAUUCUGGGUUUCUUUUUUCUUUCUACCAUCUUUGAUUAAUUUAUGGUAUUUUUCUUAGGUGAAAAUUUCGGUCGAGGGAGAAUUUGAUGUACCAGAUGAGUUAGUUAAGGCAGAAUACCGUAGGCAGCUGGAUUCCAUAGAAAAACAGCACCAUCUGGUAUAUAAAAUAUACCCAUAAUCUUCCA